GGAUUUGAGUGGUGGCAAUAGUAAUGAUAGUUCCGGUGGCCCAGCACCUGGAACCCCAAACUCUCAGGGUAUGAGGCCGUCACCAUCUCCUACGGGGUCGUCAGGAUCUAGGUCGAUGUCGCCUGCUGUAGGUCAAAACAUUCCGAUGCCACCUCGGCCUUCCAGCGGUCAAUCGGACGGCAACGGUCCCUCGCGGAUCAGCCAUUCGCCGAUGGGCCAAAGCAAUCAACCUCCUUACCCCCUCCCCGGUGCGGGAGUAGGUCCGGGAGGUCACCCACCAGGAGGUCAUCCAGCAGGUCACCCGCCAGGACCAGGUCAUCCAGGACCGGGAGGUCAUCCGCAACAGCAACAUGGGCAGCCACAUCCGUACAAAGGGCAUCCGUCAGCUUCUGUGUCAACGUCGGCGUCAGUUGCGGCAGCCGCGGCCGUUGCGGCUGCCGCAACAGGUCAGCAGGUGCCGCUUUACCAACCGAAUCAAUAUCCGCAACCUGGAGGUUAUCCGCCAAGGCCCGCAGCUAAUGUACAGUAUCCUGGCCAGGGUUAUGGUCCUCCAACGUCCCAACCUCCACCGAACAGUAUGCCACCCCAGCAAUUUCCAGGAAGGCCGGCUCCCAACCAUAUGCAGAAUUCGCAGUUUCCACCAUACCAGCAGUCAUGGCAAACAUCCGCGUCCAAAGGGAAUGGUCCAAAUCCUCCUUCACAGAGUCCUGGUUCUCAGUCUCCAGGACCUCCCAAUCGACCACCGCACUACCUCAAACAGCAUCUGCAAACGAAAAUGGGUUUUGGCAGUCCUGGGCCCGCGAGUCCUUCACCUCCGCAACAACCCUACCAUAUGGGUCCGCCAGCAGGUUCAGGACACCACAUGUCUGGCAUGGGCCCUCCUUCAUCUAUGGGCCCGCCUAAUGUGCCUCCCGUCAGCAGUCCACUUCUUGCGAAUAGUCAUCCUCACGAAGCACCAAUGCCCCCGCCGAGUUCCACCCCAAAUUCUCAUUCGCACUUGUCAGGUGAUAUGAUGGAUAAUGGGAUUACUACCACUGCCCAGAGUGGUUUGAGUACGCAUGUAACAGCUGCGUCUAGCGGUUCUGUUACGUCUGUGGUUACCACUGGUCCUGAUGGUACGCCUAUCGACGAAGGUUCCCAACAGUCCACACUGUCAAACGCAUCUGCUGCUUCAGGAGAAGAUCCUCAAUGUACGACACCAAAGGUGAGCAGGAAAAACGACAUGGGUCACUACAGCCAUCCAACGACACCUCAGAGUACAGUGCCCUCACCUGGAGCAGCGAGUUUGAAUUCCAUGCAUGAGGAUUAUGGGGAAUUAAGCAGUCCAACGUGGCCAAGAACGCCAUCUAGUCCCGUGUUUAACAGUCAUGUGCCUCCUCCGGAAACAUACCGCUCAAAGAAAACUGACAGCCUAAGUAAGUUAUACGAAAUGGAUGAUAAUCCAGACAGGAAAGCUUGGUUAGACAAGCUGCUAGCUUUCAUGGAAGAUGUACGGACACCGAUCACGACGUGUCCAACCAUUUCUAAGAAUCCGCUCGAUUUGUUCCGCUUGUAUAUGUAUGUUAAGGAGCGUGGGGGCUUUAUGGAGGUAACAAAAAAUAAAACGUGGAAAGAUAUAGCUGGUAUGCUGGGAAUAGGUGCUUCAUCGUCCGCCGCUUACACGUUGAGGAAACACUAUACAAAGAAUCUGUUAGCAUACGAAUGCCAGUUUGACAGGGGCGGUAUUGAUCCCCAGCCCAUAAUAAACCAAGUGGAAGCGACGUCGAAGAAGAAAGGUGCUAAGGCAACGUCUGUACCAUCUCCGGGUUCAUCAAAUUCACAGGACUCCUUUCCGCCGGGUUCUGGAGGUGGGUCCAUGGAUGGCUAUGGAUAUGGUGGAUAUCCACCUUCUGGAAAUCCGGAUUAUCCGCAGAGACCUACGUCCCAAUCAGCACCAUCUCCUCAUGGAGUUUCAGGGAAUGUUAACCACCUGCCGGGGUCUGGCGGGGGCGGCCCUACCCCUGGGGGCGGCGUGGGCGGCGACAACGUGAAUGUGUCGAACCCGUUCGACGACGUCUCGCCCAAUAGCGGGGGCGGAGGCGGGCGCGCUGGCGCGUACGCUACUGCCGCCUCCGGUUCUCACUCGGGCUACGGGGCCUCCGGGGGCGGGCCGACACCUGGGGGACAGCCGCAACGGCCUCAGCAGGGGCAACCUUACCAGGGACAAGCUCAGCCUGGGUACCAGUAUCCCGGGCCGGGGCCUGGGCCUGGACAACCUCCCGAUCAAUACUACGGCGCUGGGUAUGGGUCUGCUGGUAGGCCUGUAUACCCACCUUAUUCAGGAGAUUCGGGUGCUCCACCUCCGAGUACAGGUAGCACCCAGGGUCCACCAUCUUCCGGAGCGCAAGACCCAUACAAUAGGUACAACGCGACCCCUGGUUCUGGAUACAGUCCAAGACCUGGGUAUGGACAGGCGCAAAACAGUGCAGGCCAGCCUACUUCUCAGCAACAAACCGGACCUGGAGCGUUUCCUCCACAUCAAGAUUAUUAUCGUCCAGACCAAGUUCAGGGUGGCGGAAAUGGAACAGGAUAUACUGGCCAACCUGGAAGCAAAACGAUGCCACCUCCAGGCCCUCAACCACCUAGGAGACAUCCUGAUUUUGCCAAAGAUCAGCAGUAUCCUUAUAACCAACCUCGUGCUCCUAUGUAUGGAGGCUGGCCAAACAAUAACCAGUAUCGUCCUCCCCAAUACGGUGGUACCCCGGCCGGCCCCCAAGUGACGCCUCAACAGUGGAAUCAGGGCUCUAGGUCCAGCGGCCCUUGGCAAGGAAACCAAGGUUACCAACAAUCGCAGUCUGGUCAACCUCCAUGGCCGGGAAUGGGCCAACCUGGAGCCCAAAACGCUAACAUGAGACCUGUCCACAGGCCGGGCAAACCUUACCCGAACAUUAUACCACCAGGCGGCGCUAAGGGCGCACAACAGCAACCACCUGUGAAUUCGUAUAGUCAUAGCCAAAUGCCGAAAAGGGAAAUCACUUUCCCUCCUGAUAGCGUCGAAGCCACAGUGCCGGUUUUGUACAGAAGAAAGAGGUUAUGCAGGGCGGAUCUGGGGCAAGUGGAUGCGUGGCGGAUCAUAAUGUGCCUGCGGUCAGGACUCCUGUCCGAAAGCACCUACGCACUAGACAUGCUAAACGUACUUCUAUUCGACGAUACCUCCGUCGGAUACUUCGGUCUGAGCCAGUGGCCGGGCUUGUUGGACUUCCUGAUCGAUCAUUUCAAACGCAAUUUGUCUGACAUGUUCGACGGGCCGUACCCUCGUGAAGAUGACAGCGAGAAUAAGGAAGUGGACCUCGGGAGCGUGGUAAAACCCAUAGAUCCGAAUCUCAAGACCGUCGUCUUGAACAACACCACUAACUACUCUUUGGUAACGCGGAAAGGACACCCAGUGAAGCUCGUCGAUCGGCCUGAGGAUAUCUUUGUGCAAGACAACCUCAAGGAUUGGGAUACGAAAGGCGAUACCACCGACGCAAGUAUUUUGGCCGAGAUUCCAUCAGACCCAUGGCACACAUCGUCUGAUCACAUCCUGCCACCUUUCCAGGCAGAAUUCGGUCGCAUCCCGUUCCAUAUGCGGCUGAGGGACAAGUCCAAAGAGCCCCAAGAAGAGGGAGAGAAAGAAAAUGACGUGGAUAACAGGGUGAAAACGCCACCCCCUGAUGAAGCACCACCUCCCACCAGAAACGGCGACAAACGGCGGAGGAUAAAGACCCUAAGUGAUGUGAUAUCUCGAAUUAAGAAGGACUCUUCUGAUGUUAGCGAGACAACAGUCAAGACUGAAGUAGUGAGUGAAAUGAACUGUGAAGAGCAGUCGAGUAUAGAUCUGAAUAUAAGUGUAAAUGGGGAGUAUGGUGAAUCAAAGGAACACGAGCAUGAGGUGAUCAAGGAUCCGGCAGGUAGUUUGAAACGGCGGCGGAUCUCCGAUUACGAAGACGAAGCUUACACACGAGAUGAAGCAAGUUUAGUUUUGAUAACGGAGAGCCAGGACAACUUGGGCAAACGGUGCGUCUGUAUAUCGAACAUAUUGCGAAGUCUCACGUUUAUACCAGGCAAUGAGACUGAAUUCUCUAAAAACACCUCGUUCCUCGCUCUCGUUGGAAAGCUACUCUUGCUGCAUCACGAACAUCCGCCUAGAACGCAAAAGACUAGGAAUUACGAUAGAGAGGAGGAUGCCGACUUCGCAGAUUCAUGUAGCAGCUUACAGGGCGAGAGUGAAUGGUGGUGGGAUUUUCUAGUUCAAAUACGCGAGAACAUUCUGGUAUCUUUAUCGAACAUAGCGGGCCAAAUAGACGUGUCGAUAUUCGAUGAAGACGUAGCGAGGCCAUUGUUAGAUGGGCUGCUUCACUGGGCCAUCUGUCCCUCGGCUGCCGGGCAGGAUCCCUUCGCUUCUGUAGGGCCUUCGUCCUUGCUGUCUCCACAGCGCUUAGCGCUUGAAGCCCUGUGCAAGCUGUGCGUUACGAACAGCAAUGUAGAUCUGGUAAUAGCCACACCACCGUUCUCCAGGCUAGAGAGGCUUUGCGCUGUUCUCACGAAACAUUUGUGCAGGUCAGAGGAUCAGGUGCUUCGAGAAUUUUCCAUAAACCUGUUGCAUUACUUAGCAGCAGCAGACAGCAGUAUGGCGAGAGUAGUUGCUUCACAGACACCUUGUGUAUCACUGUUGGUGGCAUUUAUUGAACAGGCUGAAGUUAGUGCUUUAGGGGUGGCCAACCAACACGGUAUAAGCGCGUUGAGGGAAAACCCAGAUUCGAUGGGGACCAGCUUGGACAUGCUAAGGCGAGCAGCGGCCACAUUGGUCUUCCUGGCUCGGCAUCCUGAUAACAAAGCACUGCUAGUGCAGCAGGAGUCCAGGCUACUUAAUCUGGUCAUGAGUCAGAUACUUGAUCAACAGGUGGCGCUACUACUCUCCAAAGUGCUGUUCCAGAUAUCUCGCAGCUAAUCCCCUCUACCUCUGUAGACACCGAACGCAGCGCAAGGUCGAUCCAGAGGUGGUCCUUGAAGAAGAUACUCCAUGUCCACCAUAUUACUGUAGGAUAAGCUAGGUAUGAUCUACACAAAGAAGCAUUUGAAGAUAUGAAAGUGAGAAGCAAAAGAUCGACCCUGAGCUUGUGGGAUUUGUCUAUGCGGCCUUGGUGGUGUACAGAUUAGACCCCUGUGUAUAGUGCGUGAAGAAGAGACCUUUACCAUAAUGACAGUGUGUUUGCGGAAGUGAGAAUGUUGACAGACAAUUUACAUCGAGACUAUAUACGAGAUGCGGAUCUCUGAAUAGCGAUCAAGAAUUCAUUCACAUAGUGUAAUCCAUUAAUUGUACCAUUUUGUAAAUUAAGCAACAUACGUCUUUCUGGAAAAUGUUAAACAUACAUCCAUGUUACUUAUGUUAUUUAUUAUUAAUUUUGUCGAUAGAUGGCGUACAUGUCUGUCAACAAAUAAGCUUCUUAGGCUAAAUAAGACGAGGUUUGUUGUUGGCAUGAGUUUCAAGGGCAGAUCAGAUUUUUCAGUCUUUAAAUAGAAGCUUUAAGUUUUUUAAUAUAGUAUCAGCAACUGACGUACUGGGACCAUGUGAAUUGGUAACCGUUGCAAGUAUUUAUUUGUAUAUAUCAGUAACGAAUUCUAAUAAAAUAUGAGAUGCUCAUUUUGGUUAUCUGGGAAAAUUGGUGAAUCCUGGUAAUUGUAUUUUCUAUAUAUUCGGUAACUAAAGCUUUUGGCGUGGAAAAAGCUGAAGUUAAAAGAAGCAUUUUACAGUUAUUUUUGCAUUAAUUCUUGUGUCUGAAACUUUGACAUGAAGUAUAUAGAAUUGAAUUGUAAUUUUAUUGUUGAACCAUUGCUAAAAAUCUGUUACUACUUAUUUAAGUAGCUGUUUUGUUGUAUUUUAUUUCCUUGGUGAGGGAUUAUUUAAUUCUCACUAUUUUGACACUUAAAAUGAGUAAUCAGAUUCAAUUUUUGGUAGCAUCCUGCAAUAUGAGUGGAAGAACCAUUGUUCAAAAUUGAUAACAGGUCUCAUCAGCUUAGGAUCAUUAUGAUGUAAUUUUAUUUUCGUGGUGAGGGGGCUGUGACAAUUUUAACAGUUAAAAUGAGUAGUCAGACUCCCGUUUUGGUUUCUUUUAAUUUGGUACAAGAAACCAAUCUUCUCUCAAGAUUGUUAGCUCCCAAUCAGUUUAGCGGUAUUUUGAUUUUGGCAUAUAGAAUUCAAGAAGUAUUAGGUGAUAGGUUGAUCAAAUUUAUCUCAUUACUCAAAAAUUUGAAUCCAGUGUGCAUUGAAAAGCAAACAUGCUAGAUCUGCUCAGCAGUCCUUAUGUGAAACGACAAAUAUUGACUUUGUUUAUCCUUAGAAUUAAUGUUUGUUGUGGAACAUGCUUGCAAUCUGUGAGGGCCUGGCAAAUGAAUGUAUCUAUUAAAAUGAAUUGGUAGCUACGAAUUUUUAGGUAAUAUUGUUUAACAAAGAGGAAACAUGAGUCGGUCCAUGAGAAAUGUUGGGUUGAUAUGGAAGCAAACUGAAACACUGAUAUAUGUUUCUAAAAGCUGCUUGUACUCUUAGUCUUGCUAGUGUACUUCAAUCCCUCUUGUUACGAGUUAUUUUCUUACUUGAUAAAAUCCGAUGAUGGAAACGGAAUAUACCAUAGAUUGUAAAUGUUUUUGAUUGAAUUGUCCACCACGGUUUUAUUGUUUAAAUAAUAUAUAGUGUUCACAUCUAAAAAUGCCUCUGAUCUGUGGCGCAUGUGUACUUCAAUCCUCUUGUUACGAGUUAUUUUCCUAAUUGAUAAAAUCGGAUGAUGGAAACUAUAGAUUGUAAAUGUUUUUAAUUGAAUUGUCCAUCACGGUUUUAUGGUUUAAAUAAUAUACAGGGUGACCCAUACAUGUGUGGACGGAAUAUUACUCAUAAACAAAUACAUUUUGGGAAAAUCUAUUAAUGGCAUGUUAUACAUGACAUUUGAGGGCACAUUUCUAAUAUAUUGGCAAUUUUAGAGGGUGUCCCAAUUAUGACCUACAUAUCAAAGUUGUGAUUUUUUGAAUAAAAUGCGUCAAGUUUUAUUACAUUUUGGAUAAACCAAUUCAAGAGAAGAAGAUUGAUAUAACAUACUAUGGGGUUUUGGUAAUUAGCUACUGAGAUUUAAGGUGUUUUGUCCAGAAAAACCGUCCAACUCUGCAACCUCAAACCGCCAUUUUGAAAUUUGGAGUGCUGAAUUUUGUAUAAAAAAAAAACUUUCACACCUCAGCUUUUAUCUUAUUUGUUACUUUUUCGAAUUUGCAUUUUUGCUCAAAAACGCGAAUUGAACUUUUUCUCAAAAAUUUCAAAUGUAUAUUUGUGCACGUUUGGAUUCAAUUUUUAUAAGAUUCUUUAUGGCAUAGGGUUUGAUUCAGAUAAAAUCACUAGAUUCUGAGUUAUUAAGCUUUUAAUUCUAUUAAAACAACACAUCAAAAUUAAGGAAAAAAAUCACAUAAUCCAUGGAAACAAAAGACAAACAGAGGGCUAGUUCCAUAUUGUCACUAAGAGUACAGAUCUGACGUAAAAACUAAUAACAAUCAGAACAAUAUAAAUCAGCUUCAAGCAUAAUAGUGAAAAACAACUAUAACAACAACAUAAACAAACAACUAUCACUACUCAAGACCUAAUCUACAAAAACUGCUCGAAAAUAUCUCCACCAUGUUGAAUACACAGCCGUAGUAUUUGGAUAAAUGACCGUUGCACAUCCCUUAUGUUCAGAAAAGCAUCCUUAAUCCUUUCCUUCAUAUUUUCCGGAGUUGAUGGUGGAUAUCUAUCAACCUUCUUGGCAGCAGCGGUGGCCGCAGUAAUAGACUCUUCGGUCUCCUGAUCAGUCGCCCUGAGCUGUGCGGGUUCGAGUCCCGUCCCAGGAGAAAUUUUUCUCUUGGCUAUGGAUGUUGUGAUUGUCCGUAGGUGGUAGACGGUCUCUGACUGUCGAAAGCGGAGGUACCACCCGGCGGAUCUCGUAGGCGGAGCCAGAAUGUGUGCAUGUUGCAUGUACACGUGUUCCCUCGCCAGAGUCCGUGUGGCGUUCCCCCUUUCCCAUGUAUCCCCCUAUAGCCACACGGUACCCAAUGGGUGCAUAGGCCUUAGGCCUUCGUGUUAGUUGGAGUAUAAAAAAAAAUAAAAAAAAACCUAUUGCUUAACUUAACCUCAUAGAAAGAAUAUCUGGUGAUCUAGGAGGCCAAGAUAUAGGCCCAUCACGACCGAUCCAACGAUUGUUACUCCAGGUGUCCAAUUAGUUACGCACACGAUUAUGAUAAUGCACAGGUGAGCCGUCAUGUUGGAAGUACAUAUGCAUCCGAGUUUGCAGGUUGACAUCCUCCGAAAGCAAAGGCAAAUGCUCAAUCAAAAAAUUCAAGUAUUCUGUUAAUCUGUUGUCGAAAAAGAAAGGCCCGAUAACUUGUCUGCCAAUAACUCUUCCCCAAACAUUCAAGCUCCAUUUAUUUUGGAAAACCCAGUAAGGGUUUUCCGUCGCAUAAUAGUGCAUUUUAUGCCUAUUGACAACACCUAUGCCGUUAAAAGUGGCCUCAUCGCUAAAAAGAACCUUAUCCAGGAAAGUAGUGUCGUCAAUCACUUUAUUUAGCAUUAUUCUACUAAACUCCAUUCAAGCUGCGAAAUCCUGAGGACAAAGGCCUUGAUGCAUGCAUAGGUGAUAUAUGGUACCUAUGCUUGUGAAAAAUCCUUUGGACAGAAGUUCUGCAUAUAUCAGUUUCUGCUUCAAUUUUCCGAGCACUUAAAUGGGGAUUUUCCUGCAACUUUAAUACGAGUAGAACCUCCAACUGAUUCGCCUCAUUGAUGACACAUGGAUUAUUUAUACAUUUUUUUUUACUAUAUUCCACUGCUCCACUAGAUUCAAAACGUUCUCGUAGUGUGGAAAACGUUUCCGGCCUUGGAUGUCGCAUAUUAGGGUUACAUUGCUUAUAAAUGCGAGAUGCUAGGAAACUAUUUCUUUGGGCUUCGCCCAAAACGAACAGCAGAUUCACCAUUUCUUCUUUAGAAAAAAUCAUUUUCAAACACGUUUUUAUUAUAAUGCUCUCAAAGCUAAUUUUGACAGUUUGUAACUAAUCAACGAUUUAUUUGUUUCCAAGGAUGAUGCGAUAUUUUAGGGAACUAAGCUUAUAAAAAAUUGAAUCCAAACUUGCACAAAUAUACAGGGUGAUGCAUUUGUAAUUUUUGAUAAAAACUACAAUUUGCGUUUUUGGCCACCUUGUUUGAGCAAAAAUUAAAAUUCGAAAAAGUAAUAAAUAAGAUAAAAGCUGAGGUGCGUAAGUUUUCCUUGAUACAAAAUUCAGCACUCCAAAUUUGAAAAUUGCUGACUGAGGGGUUGCCGAAGUGGGCGGUUUUUCUAGACAAAAGACCUUAUAUCUCAGUAGCUACUUACCAAAACCCCAUAGUGUGUUAUAUCAAUUUUCUUCUUUUGAACUGGUUUAUCCAAAUAUGCAAUAAAAUUUGAGGCAUUCCAUUUGAAAAAGCACAACUUUGAUAUGUAGGUCGAAAUUGGGACACCGUGUAUAAUGACUAAUAUUUUAGAAAUGUGCCUUCAAAUGUCAUGUAGAACAUCCCAUGAAUAGAUUUGCCCAAAAAUGUAUUUGUCUAUGAGUAAUAUUCCGUCCACACAUGAAUGGGCCACUCUGUAUAGUGUUCACAUCUAAAAAUGCCUCUGAUCUGUGGCGCAUUUAAUAUGAUCAAAACGAAUACGUGCAAAGUAGCACUAAUAGUAUGAAUAUAAUAUUGCGUUACCGAAAUAUUUGUGAAAAUAUGACGUGGAAUACAUAUACAGAACUGAUAAAAUAUUUGCUAGGUGAGAAAAUUAGUUUGAGGAGCCUAGAUAGUUUUUUAAUCAUGUCAUGGCGAUAUUUUCUAGUAAGGUAAAUGCACCACAGCUUUGAGAUAUUUUUGCCUGGUCUUGUAUUAUUCACGAAAGAAUACUGUUUAGAAAAUCGUAGUUACCAAUAGACCGCGAUAUACUGCAUGGUGUAUCGUUAUUUGUCGGGCCUAUCGAUUCCAACUGGUCUAGAGCUGCCUGAUCUGGUGCAUAAUGCAGGUGCAAGGCGCAGAUAGUCUCUGGCCCUUAAUUUCCUUGCGCAAGUGCGCCGUCACUUCUCUUAUUUCAUGUUUGGUAUUACUGUGCGAAUGCUUUAUAUAUGUCUGAUAAUGAAUUUAAUUAAAUAAAUGUACAAAGGAAGUACCGAAAAUGGUGUUUUUAUACAAGUUUUAAUUUUCUAUGUAUAUUUAGAAAUGUUUUAUACAUCCCAUUUUAGCUGUUACAUUGAACUCUGUUAAUGAACAAGUAUGGACUGUAAACAUUUAGAAAAGGCAGUCUUGAUCUAGAACUCAAAUGUAGUUUAAAAUAUGUGGUGAUAUUUUUCUGGCUGUAGGUAUAAUUCAUCUUAUGUAUGAUUGCAUAUUGUAAAUUAAGUAAAUGCUAAAUAUAUUAAA